UUUCAAUGUACAAUUUCAUUUCUUCACAUAUGUUUAAAUUAAUAUUUCAUUUUUGUAUAGUUUAUUUAUUUAUCUAAAGUUGUAUAUGGUCUGGUAUCGGAUUGUGUAAUGUAGUAUAAUGGCUUCCCUAAACCUUUUGCAGAAUUUUGUAAAAAAAAAAAAAAAAAAAAAAAAAACUAAACAAAGUUCUGUUAUCCGUUUAGGUUAACAUGUGGUAUUUCUGUCCAGGUGAAAACUAGAAGUGAUGGCUUUUAGAAAGAUUGUCAUUAAGAGAUGACCUAACGGACGGUGCAGACGGGACUCCUGUGUGACACUCACGGACACAGGGGGUCGGUCGUUUUGUGUGGGAACUUUGCUGUGCUGGUGGAUCUCCAUGUUUUGCCCUUGGGCAGCCAGAAAGACGCCAGCUGGUUCACUGCGGGCCACGUUGAGGAAGUCACAACCUUGGUCCAAGAGGCUUUGGACCAGAGGAUCAGACAGUACACUGAAUUCCUGCACAGCAAAAAAGGAUGCAAGCAGAGAAGGGAGAUGAUUCCCCCGUCAGGGUUUUCUGUGAGAGGGGAAAACUUCAACCUCGUGGCCAACUUCCUGAAGCGGCACUCCAAUCUCAGAUGUGUUGUCAAGCAGGAUCUGCGUUUGUUUCCUGAGCGAUACGUAGUGUGUGUGAGUGCUCCGGAAGAUGCCUUGCUGCACCAUAGAAACCCGAGCCUGGUGGCGAAUGAGGUGGGGGAACAAAGCAGAUCAGAAUAUUUCUCCAGAGUAAAAGAAACACAAGAGCUUUUAAGCAGCUCAACAAACACCAAGAAGUCUGUCCUUCAAAAGAUAGUCAAACAAAUUAGAGUCCAGCAACAGUCCUCAACUGGGCAAACUCUCCAGACAGAACCUCCAAAAAAGCAAGGGCUGGAUCAUGGAGCAGAAAUACGUCCCAGUUCUACUGAGAUGGCCCUCCCAGAAGCAAACCACAGAGUACUUUAUGAUGAAUCUGAGGCUCUGAUAUGGACCGUUCAUGAGCAGAAACCAGAGGCUGACAAUAGUCAGACUGAAGGCAUUAAUGUAAACGAGGCCUCGUCAGGUUCUUGCCAACACGAAUCCAGUCACAAGAACAGUAAGAGGUGCAAGCCAAGUGAUUCAGGGGAAGACCACCCCUCACAGCAGGCCAAGAGAACAUGCCUCGAAAGAUCACGAGCCACAACUCAACCCCACUCCACUAAGUGCUCCUCACAAGCAUCCAGGCUGGAGGAGCGUACUCCUCUGCCGCCUGCUCCUCCAGUUCAAGCCAAGGCAGAGUCCACGGCUUUCCUCGAAUCGGAGAGCAAAAAAACCACAGUGGAAGUGGAGCUGCUUACUCCAGAGAAACAGACCCAGAUCUCCCCCCCCUCUAGCAAAAACACAGCGCAGAGAAACCAAAACAUGCUUGCCACAAGUCUGAGGGGCCUAUCUGUCAAGCCUACAUCCACGGACGCCUCUAUUGGUUCCAGAUCCAUGCUUAGAGAGAAGGGAAGUGAAAAUGUGCCCAGAGCCUCCAGAUUACGGCGACAGAGGAGGUUCUGAAGGGGAGAGGAACUGGGGUAAAGAACCCUGACGCCACACAGAUAGAGAUGAUACUCUGUCAGGCUGCGUGUCUGCGGUGCACGUGACCUCCUCAGAUGACUCAAGAUAUGCUCCAUGCUCUGGUCAUACCUUUCACACACACACACACCCACACACCCCCACACACACAUAUCAGACAGUGAAUACUUUGUCGAUUGAUACAUGACCAUUUGGGUUACACUUUGUCAGAUACUUGAAACAGACUUUGCCUCCACCCUUAAAUAGCAGUGGUCAAGAGAGGCUCGCAAAUGAAAGUCAAAAACCUUUAAUUGGAGUUUAGAUUUGGUUUUCUGCUGAAGAAUGGGAAUUUCAGACAGGCAGGAGCCGUGCAGUACGUCAUGGCUUGCAGUCUGAAACACUGGCUCCUCUGCGUCUGAAUGUUGUCCAGCAUCCGUGCUGGAGCUCUGAUUUGAUUGAUAGGAAAUUCCAGAUUUCUGUCAUUACUCUUUUCUUAUGAAUAUGGAUAUUUUUUCCCCCUUAGGUUUUAUUCUAAAACUGUUUGCUUAUGCAGCAUCUCGUCUAAAUCUAAUAUGUGCGAUGGGCUGGACAUAUGGGUGGUAUUCAGAAACGACAGGGCAGCUUAAGUAUCACCAGUAAAAAUAUGGCUGCUGUUGACAACCCUUCAGUCUGUUGGCUUGUUUAAAGACGUAUUGCUGUUAGAUCUUUUUUUUUUCUCCUUUUAAGGUUUGCUUUUUUAAAAUUAUAACUGAAAUAAAUGCAUUUUUUGCCAAAAGGUAAAGAAAAGUUGCUAAACUGCUGCAAAGCUGUGAAUGUUUGCCAACCAGUUUGGCUGAAAUACCACAAGAUCUCUUGGAGUUUUCCUCACUCAGAGCCCGGACAGGCUGAUGUUUAUGGCAGUUUGGAGCUGUAAGAGGAGAUGAGCCAUACCAGAAACAAUCUGCUGGAGUGUUUUUUCACUGUUCCUAACAUUUUUUUUUAAAGUUUUUUAUUAAAAGCUGUUUCCCUGCUUUA